AUGACGGAGAGCAAGGCUUCUGCCGCGCCUGGCGUGCGGCCAGGGCGCAAGCGCAUGACGUUUACAGAUCGUGCGCUCGCAUCCAUCGCGGGCUCCGUGUCGACGUCGUUCCUCAUGACGCCGCUGGAUGUGAUCAAGACGCGAUUGCAAACGCAGGCGCAAGAUGUGCGCCCCGUCUCCAGCGACGUAGGUCUCGCGAAAGGACCGCCAUGCCCUGUGCAUGGCACGAUACCCCAUGCAUCAGUGCAAGUCCCCACUACGCUGAGGUGGCUUCGACCGUCUCCGCCGCUUCCGGUGCCCUUGGCCAUGCAGACACCCGCCAUGUGUAUAUAUCCAGACAAGUGCAGUGUGGCAAAGCUGUGCGAGACGGAGGUCGUGAUGCGCGAGGGGCGUCUGACGGGUGUGUGGGACGGCAUGGCCAAGAUGGUGCGUGUGGAAGGCUGGCGGAGUCUGUGGCGUGGCUUGCUGCCGACGCUGGCGAUGACCAUUCCUUCGCAGGUGACCUACAUGUCGUUCUACGAUGUUUUCCGCAAGUCGAUCCUGUCGAUCGAGGCGCCCGUACCGAACUGGCGCGAGUCCCUAACGCGCUCGUCGCCCGUGCCAGACUUUCCCUGCGACAUGCCCUGUGAGCACGACGAUGCGUUCCAGGACACGGCGCCGGUGACGCAGGCGCGUGUUCCGCUCCUGGUGGCCUCGCUCGUGAGUGGCGCAGGUGCGCGUUCGAUCUCUGCGACGCUCGUCACGCCGUUGGAGCUCUUGCGCACACGACUGCAGGCGUCGCAUGGGCCCUCGUCGUUCCAGUCUGUGAUCCAGCCGCUGUGCCGCGAAGUGCAACAGCACGGCCUUCGCGUGCUGUGGCGCGGUCUGUCUGCGACGCUGUGGCGGGACGUCCCAUUUUCGGCGAUCUACUUCGCCGGGUACGAGGGCGGCAAGGUGCUCUUCACAGGGGCAGGCUUUGGUGAGAGUCCUUCGUCGACGUUUUGGCACGAGUUUGGCGUGUCGUUCACGGUCGCUGCGACGAGCGGGUGCGUCGCUGCUGUCGCGACGCAUCCCUUUGACCUCGUCAAAACGCGUUUGCAGGCCGAGCACGAGAACCGGCACGCCCGCGUCUCGUCGCGCUCGCUGUUCCACACGCUCCGCCGCAUGUUCGCGGCCGAAGGCGUGCCCGGCCUCUUCCGCGGCCUGUCGCCGCGCCUGGCCAAGGUGGCGCCCGCUUGUGGCAUCAUGAUGGGCGCGUUUGAGGCGGCGAGUCGGCUCCUUUCGCAUGCACGGCACGAUACCCACUAG